AGCGCGCGCUCUCUCAUUGUUAAAUCUCAGCAGUGCUGUGAGAGUGACAGAUCAGUGAACGCGGUGCGCAGAGAAUUUAACGAAAACGUCACAACCGAGGCGCGCGCGAGCGCGCGCGAGAGAGAGAGAGAGUAGUGAGAGGGAGGGAGAGUGUGAGAGGAGGACAGAGAACGAGGAUAUAUUGAUACAAAGCGACGGUGGUUUCUCUUCAGUGUGUGUGAGAGAGACCAUGAGUGGAGACAAGAUGGAGUGCUGGAACAGAUGAAGACUGUCAUUGGUUCUUUCCAGUGGUCCCGAUGAGCGUCUCCAAACCGCCUCCGCCCCAUUCCCAUUUCCCCCCUAGCAACCCUUCCUCCCAUCUCCCCCUGCCUCCAUCCUCCUCUUCCUCCCUCUCUCCCUCCACCCCUCCCUCCGCCGCGGGUCCCCCUAGCCCCGCUGUGCCUCCCCCUCCCUCCCCGGUGAAGAUCUCUAUGCAGGAGCAUUUUGCCAUCAAUGUGUGCCCCGGCCCCAUCCUCCCCAUCCCACAGAUCUCAGACUUCUUCCCUCGUUUCCACGACUUCCCCAUCACCCCCCUUCCACCCCGGGAGAAGCAGAUUCUAAAGGACAAAGACAAGGACGGAGACGUGGACGGAGAGAAAGACCGCAAGAGGGAGAGAGAGCAAGAGGAGAAUGGAGAGUUCGUCGACUCAGAUGACGAUGACACCUACCUGGGAACUCUGGAGUUCAGCCUGCUAUUUGACCAAGAAAAUAACUGCUUGCACUGCACCAUCCACAAGGCCAAGGGACUGAAGGCCAUGGACUCCAAUGGACUGGCUGAUCCAUAUGUGAAACUCCACCUCCUGCCUGGAGCAAGCAAGGCAAACAAACUGCGCACUAAGACUUUAAAGAACACACUGAAUCCAGUGUGGAACGAGACGCUCAUCUAUCACGGCAUCACGGCUGCUGACAUGACCACCAAAACCCUCAGGCUGUGUGUGUGUGAUAUGGAUCGUUUAGGACGGAAUGAGUUCAUAGGUGAAGUCAGGGUGGCCCUUAAGAAACUGAAGGAGGGAGAGAGCAAGAAAUACUACAUGGGCCUUGAGAGAAUUGCACAGACCCGGGAGGGUAACAGUCAGGCAGUGGAUCCUGGGGCUCAUGUUGCAGAAGAGGAGCGUGGCCGUAUCCUGGUCUCUCUGCUGUACGCCACAGAGAAGAGUUCUCUGGUUGUGGGAAUUAUUCGCUGUGCCCACCUGGCCGCCAUGGAUUCGAAUGGCUACUCGGACCCCUUUGUCAAAAUUAUUUUGCAGCCUGACAUGGGAAAAAAGUCAAAAUACAAAACCACAGUGAAGAAGAAGACUCUAAACCCAGAGUUUAACGAGGAGUUUAGCUAUGAAGUCCCACAUGAUCAGCUCGCCAAGAAAACCCUGGAGAUCUCAGUCUGGGAUUAUGACCUGGGCAUGAGCAAUGAUUUCAUAGGUGGAGUUGAAUUGGGGAUUAACGCAAAAGGAGAUAGACUGAAACACUGGUUCGAGUGUCUAAAAUACAAAGGAAAGAAAGUGGAAUACUGGCACACACUGACACAGCAAGGAGCCCCAAGCAGCGACUAACACUCAGACAAGCAGACAAUUCUCUGAUAAGUAAUACAAAAACAAUGAAGUAAUAAUGAUAAAGAAAUGCAAUAAUGCUCAGACUGAUGGUGAUGAUAAUGACGUUCAAUAUUAACGCGUGAGAAAAAGCAUAAUAAUCUAUUGUACAGCUAAGUGUCACAUUCUUUUGUGAUGAGAAAGAAGCAAGUGUGAUCACAAGCCCGGAUUGUGACGCACAAAGAAUCGACCCCUUUUUCUGGUCUAUACGUCACUUAUGUGAAAUCGUACUGUGUUGUGACUAUGCCACAGGAGCUCAUGCCAUAUUAUAGUGUUAUUGUUUAUUACAUGUUAAACGUGUAAUAGCAUCCUGGUGUUCGUUACAGUUGGUGGUGCCGUAAUUUUGCACACUGUCGAAGCACAACACAUCCAGCUGACUGUAAAUGUCUGUGUGUACCUACGUAUUUACAUUUUGUGAUUUGUUACGUAUGAAAGUUUACAGUCUCUUCCAGCCCGCCAAAAACAUGAUGCACGGGAAAAGCACAAGGGACGGUGUGCAAAGGAACUUUAAUGCAAUGAAAGAAAAUCUCUGGAUUUAAACGUUCACUCAAGAACUGCCGUCUGUCACUCCGAGCAGAACUAAACGCCAGUCACCUCAAUGAUCUGCACAACGUGAAUGUGUGCGCCUGUACGUGUGUGUGUGUGUGUGUGUGUGUGUGUGUGAAUGUCCCCGUCUAUGUUUUUGUCUUUGUACGUAUCUCUGUUGAAUGUCUGUACAGUCUCCUACAAAAAAAACAACAGCUGAUGCACAUUGACAGUCUUUCUCGCUUUCUCUCCGGCGCCCUCUACUGGUUUAGAGGUCUAGCCGCCAGGACAGUUCCAGUACGGAGGGUGAAUCGCCUCUGGCAGGCCUCAUGCACAACCGCACGCCCCAUUAGGGGUUAAAUUAGCAAUCAGACAAAGCCUUUGAAGGACAAACUACCUGUCGAAGGACAUCUACAACACAAAAACAGAGUUGGACACACUUGCUUUGUAGUCCUGACAAUGUGUUGCCAUCAGCUCUGUGAAAUGAUGCACAUUUCUUACCAUGCGUGGGAAUUUCGGCUGUAAUUGUAUCCGUUUGAUUGCAUUUAUUAGAUUCAAAUCAUUCACCACCUACCUGAAUCUACUUUUCAUCUGAUCUUGACAUUUAAUUGCACAACAACUUAUUGUUAACCCCGUCCUUCUGUGGCUCCCGCCGCCAUUCCUGACCUGGAGUUCUGUUGUUGUUUUUUUUCUCCAACAAGUGGGUUAUCAAAUGAAUGGCCUAAACGGUGUAUAAUUAUCAAAUGCUAUUAUAAGCAGCUGCAUGCUAAGUGAAUGUCACAUAUGCUUUGAUGGACCACCGAUCUGCAGUGCUUAUGUUUGUCCUAAUAUCCAUCAUCGGCCCCAUCUAAGGGUAUUUGUUUUUGCUCAGUGAACUGGGACAAUCCAGGCUAGCUUUGAUGAAACAGCAUGGCAUUUAGAUAAUGGACUGGCACCACCUGCCAGCCAAGAUGGGACUCCAGGGGAAGCGUUAAUGAACAAAGGGUCAAACUGAAGGAGGAUUAUUCAAGUUUCGCUCACUUGUCCUCGUUGACUGUCUGUGUGGAAAGUGUGAUGUGACUGCCAUCGUGUGUCCGUCUCUGUAAACUGCAUCUCAGAAAUAAAUUGGUGCAACAGUGGCUGUUGGAAAUGAGAGCAAGUUUUGUGAGUCCUAGAACCUUUCAUUCAUGCACUGGAUUUCUUGUCAUGUAAUGAAAAAUGUUCCAAAUAGAAUGAACCGUAUUAAACAUGAAUGCAUGAUGUAAAGUACAUCUUUAUUGACAGAGAUUCUGCAUGCAUUCUGAUUCUAUGCAUAACAUGAUAUUGUUACAUUUGCAUUUGUUUGUGAUAAAUGAAUGAAUGUACAACAGAAA